CACCGUAAGAGGCCUCAGUACAAAUGGGAGCAAGAGGUUUCUCUCUGGGUGGUCCUCUUUUUGGGGCACUUAGUGGGUCUCCCACCUCUGUGGUUCAACUUCUCCUCCACUGCAUCGCGUAAUGUCCCCCUCCCCCAUUGA